CCAUGGCCACCGCCCAGUUCGAGUCCAUUUUCCACGGCCUCGCGCCAGCGAGCGGCAAGCUCCGCAUCGCGCCCUCGGGCCUCGGAUGGAAGUCGUCCGACGAGAACGAGGCCGUCGUCACCGUUCCCGGCAGCGACAUCAAGUGGAUCCAGUGGAUCCGCGUCGCGCGCAACUACCAGAUGCGCAUCGGCACCAACAAGAAGCGCACCACGUUCGACGGCUUCCUCAAGGAGGACUUUGAGCGCCUCGGCAACCUCUGCAAGCAGUACUACAACAUCUCGAUCGAGACCAAGGACAUCAGCGUGAGGGGGUGGAACUGGGGCGUCGCAGAGGUCCAGGCCGACGACCUCGCGUUCCUCGUCGCGGGCAAGCCCGCCUUCACCAUGCCGCUGCACCUCGUCCAGAACACGUCCAUCACCAAGGCCGAGGUCGCGCUCGAGUUUGGCUCGGCCCUGCCCGCACCCCCCGCCGAGGGGUCCGAGGACGCCGUCGCGCGCAAGCGUCGCCUCAAGAACCAGCCUGACGAGGUGAGCGAGAUGCGCCUGUACAUCCCGGGCUCGGCGCGCGGCAUGAAGAAGAAGGGCGACAAGGCCAAGGCCAAGGCCGAGGGCGUCAAGGCCGGCAGCGGCGACGAGGACGAGGACGAGUCGGACGAGGACGAGGGCGCCGAGGGCGAGGACGGCGAGGCGGCCGCGAUCGCGUUCAACGAGGCCGUCAAGGACAAGGCGCAGAUCGGCGUCAUCGCGGGCGAGACGCUGUGCACCUUCCCCGAGGUCCUGUGCACGACGCCUCGAGGCCGGUUCGACAUUGACCUGUACAGCGACUUUAUGCGGCUCAAGGGCAAGACGUACGACUACCGCGUCACCUACACCCAGGUCCAGCGCCUGUUCCUCCUCCCGAAACCGGACGAGCUCCACUCGCAGCUCGUCGUCAACAUCGACCCGCCCAUCCGCCAGGGCCAGACGCGGUACCCGUACCUCGUCAUGCAGUUUGUCAAGGACGAGGUCAUGGAGAUCGACCUCAACAUCGACGAGGACACGAUCCGGGACAAGUACAACGGCAACCUCAAGCAGCACUACGACGACCCGGCGUACGAGGUCGUGUCGCUCCUGUUCCGCGUCCUCACCGAGAAGAAGGUCAUCACGCCUGGAAACUUCCUGUCGCACGACAACCACGCCGCCGUCAAGUGCAACCUCAAGGCCAACGAGGGUCAGCUCUACUUCCUCGAGAAGCAGCUCCUGUUCAUCUCGAAGCAGCCGACGCUCGUCUCGUUCUCGGAGAUCUCGGCCGUCGUCCUCGCUCGUGUCGGUGGUGCGCUCCCGUCUGCGCGCACGUUCGACCUCGCGAUCCGGCUCAAGGACUCGACCUCGUCGGCGCCGCUCGUCUUCUCGGCCCUGUCCAAGGAGGAGCUGAGCAACAUCACCGACUUUCUUCAGACCAAGAAGAUCAAGGUCAAGAACGAGAUGGACGAGCUCGCGGCGGCCGAGGCCGAGGCGCUCGGGGCGGCCGUCAUGGAGAGCGACAGCGACGACGACGCGAUGAGCGUCGACGAGGACAAGCCGGUGAGGAGGCCUGGCGCGGACGCGAUGGACGAGGACGACGAGUCCGAGGUCGACGAGGACUUCCAGGCGUCGUCGUCGGACGGCGGGAGCGCGACGAGCGACUCGGGCGACGAGGACGCGAGCGACGCCGACGACGCGGCGAGCGAGGCGGCCAAGCCCAAGAAGAAGAAGCAGAAGACGGCGGACUGAGCUAGGGCGGCGCGAGGGUGUCCGGGUCGGGCUUGGCUGGGCUUGUUGGGUGUACGUAGUUGCGAGGCUUUGCGAUCCCGUUCCGUCUGCGCGG